GAUUUACCUAACUUUCCACGAGAAUGAAAUUUUCUGUUUAAAUCUAGAGUGUGUAAUAUUCCUUAUCUGACCUCUGUCGGAUAUCCUACCGAUUAAUUUACAAAUAAUUUUAAACAUAAUUCCAAGCGAAGAAUAUUAGAAAACCAUUAAACAAUGAUUUGAAAUCAUUACCUGACACAUUCCACACAAAAAAUAUGUAGACCAGUAUUUAUCAGUUUUCAAUAGGAUAAUGUGCAUGCAAUAGUCAUCCUGGUGAAAUUCGUUACUACAUUCAGUUAAAAAAAACAGCUAUGGCCUUUAGAAAAAUAUAUGUAUUUCCGAUUUUAUUUGGUAUUUGGAUUCCUCUGACAGUUUUCAUAACAUUCACUGUAUCAGUUUUAACCGAACAUGUAAGACCAAUUCUUCCUUAUAUAAGUGACACAGGCACAUGGGCUCCAGAAAGCUGCAUAUUUGGAAUUAUGCUCACAAUUGGCUCAAUAUUUCUACUGAUUAUAGUCUACGUAAGAUAUCGAUAUUUGCAAGAGAUACAAAGAAAAAACAACUAUUCAAUGACUUUAAGAAAAAUAAAUACUGCUGGAUUGUAUGUUGGAUAUAUUAGUAUUUUUGGUUGUUUAAUUGUCGCAAAUUUUCAAGUUACUGAGACCUUUGUAGUUCAUAACAUUGGAGCUUUCAGUUGUUUUGGGUGUGGAGCUAUUUACCAAGUCAUUCAGGUAAUACUUUCAUUUAAAAUGUAUCCAACUAUAGGACAUAGGAAAAAUAAUAUAUUUAGAGCAGUUGUAACAGCGAUUUCAUGUUUAACCUUUAUUAUUACAUUCGUUUGUGCUGCUUUAUCUAUUAGAUAUUUUACAGGAACUGACAUGACUAAAUGGAAACAGGAAGAUGGAGGAUACGAAUUUCACAUAGCCAGUGCAGUAUCAGAAUAUAUAUUGGUGAUAAGUACAGUAUUGCAUGUUGUCACCUAUUUUUAUGAAUUCAGGACAAUCGAGUUUAAUGAACCGCCGAUAAGUAUUAAGGAUGUGGUUGCUGAUGCAUAGGUUGCAAUAUUAAUUUAAAAAUUUUAAAAUACUGUUUUUUUAUAAUUAGUGGAAAAAGAUAUGAAAAGAACUAUCAUAUGUUUCACAGUUUUUAUUUAUUACAUUUUGUUUUAAAACCUUUUUUAAUAAAGUAUUAUUAUUAUUU